UACCGGUACGUCGUACCAGGUGCCUCUCCAUCUUGACCCUUCUUCGUUUCUUUUGAGCCGUUGAGGGUCGCUCUCUUCUGUUGUUGUUGCACUUCAACUUCAGCUUCCGACCCAUUUUGCACCCGCAUACCAGCAUCAAGCGCGGCAAAACACACCUCACGCCAAUCACCAGUAUACCCUAGCACGCUCCAUYGAUAGAACAGACGAUACGUGUGGUAAUUGAAACCAUGAGAGUCGCGGCGAUCUGUCUCAGCGCGCUGCUGGCGGUGAUGAUCCCCACGAGGAGCAGCCUGGCCCUUGCCACCGCCAAGAGCAGMGGCGUCUUUGGGGUUCCCCACGGUGGAUCUACCGCGACGACGACRAGAGCAUCUACUCAGAUUGCUAGCGCCGCCACGAUGGAUGCCUCGACCGAGGUUCCCUCAACGGUGAGUGGCAGUCGUUUGUGCAGAAAUAAUGACAAUCAAUGGGUUUUGUCUUUUCCCGAUCAAUCAUGCCCAUGUAAUCUCGCUCCUAUCUAUAGUUUCUGGUGGCACGCUAGUGCGAACGAAGGAGUCGAGCCGUCGUCUUUUGCCUUUUCAAGUGUUUGCUAACUAUUUGUUUCAUUUUCUUUCUUCCUUCUUUUGUUCMAAAGCAGGAUGACAGACGUCCCAUGCACAUUCUAUUCUUGUCGGCAGAUACUGGAGGGGGCCAUCGAGCAAGCGCCGAGGCUCUUGCCAAGCAGGUAAGUGUAAAGACUUGAAUCGAUUCCCUCGGCAAUAGURUGGAUUUGUCUUUUCGGGUUCUAUCAACUUUUAGUCCAUGCCACUCACUUUCCCUCCCAAUCUCCUUCGUUUCAUGCGGAUGGAAUUUUUGCCACCGGUAACCGUCAACUAUGGCAAUCACAAUGCGAUGUUCCCAUACGGAUCACUAUUUAUUGGAAUGUUGUGCAUUCGCAUUUAUGCAACAAUUUUUGCUACCGCAACCAUCACGACAAAAAACACUCGACAAUUUACUCUUUCUGACGUCGGAACACGACCGUCCAUACCAAACCCAAAUAAAACAAAAAAAAACUAGUUUCUGAUUCAGUUCCCAGGAUCGACCUACGAAUUGGUCGAUAUUUGGUCUGAUCACGGUAUCUUUCCGUACACUAACCACGUGGAAUUGUACAAGCAGUGGUCGGCAAAACCAUGGCAAUGGCGUCUGUUUUAUCACCUGUCGAACACGAAGGUCAACGAGGUGGUCUCCAACCUGCACUCUAGAUUCCUCUGCGGGGACUCUAUCAGGSAACGGCUCAAAUCUGACAAACCCGACGUUAUUGUUAGUGUCCACCCGGCCAUGAAUCACACACCACUCAAAAGCACCCACAAGAACUCCAAGGAACUUGGGAAGCACAUUCCAUUUUUCACCGUCGUGACGGACCUCGGGAGCGCACACUGUAUGUGGUUCGAGCGCAAGGUUGACAAGCUGUACGUAGCUAGUGAUCGCCUCUACAAGCUAGCGCGCCGGCGGGGAGGAACGGCCCCGGAGGACAUUGUCCGCACCGGAUUGCCCAUUCGUCACGGAUUUGCUGAUCAGGCAGAAAAAUUGGGACAGGACCGAAGUGCUCCCCAGGGAAUUCAAUAUCAGGCCCAGGUUCGAAAGGAACUCGGAAUUGCACCAGACAAACAAAUGGUUCUGGUCAUGGGUGGCGGAGAAGGCGUUGGAUCACUCAGUGACAUUGUCAACAAUAUUUAUGCCGAGCUCAGCAGCAAGGGUGUCGACGCGACCAUCUGCGUUGUCUGCGGGCGCAACGAAAAGCUCAAAAAUGAGCUGGCGACGAGAAAUUUCGACGAGGYGAUUGAAGAAAUCAAGGCCAAGGCCGAGAAACGGCGCAAUGGAGUCCGGGGAGUGCUGGGCAAGGUCCGACGGAAAAAUCGCAUCGCUGCACGGCAAGCCGCAGAGGCAUCAACGGCAACAAUGAGCCAAAAAGGCAACAUCGACGUGAUGCCGCUAGGAUUCUUGACCAACAUUCCCGAAUACAUGGUUGCAGCCGACGUGUUGGUGUCCAARGCCGGUCCCGGAACGAUCGCAGAAGCGGCAGCCGUUGGUCUCCCAGUGAUGAUGACAAGGUGCGUGUUGGCAGUUUUUGGAAAAACACAMUUCUUUUGAUCUGGAAUGAUUCGAAUCAACGUAGAGGCYUUUCUAUUACCGCGCUCUUGCWUAGAUUUCGAAAAAGGCUCCUAACCUUGUGUCGUCUGCUCGUCAUUUUCCUCAUUWAUGUGCUGUUUUCACAGUUUCCUCCCUGGCCAAGAAGCUGGCAACGUCGAUGUUGUCCUAGAACAGAAUUUYGGAGAAUUCGAGAAGCGACCCGAAAAAAUWGGAGAGCGCGUCACAGCGUGGCUGCAAGACAAAACACUAUUACAMACCAUGAGUCAGGCGGCCAUGGUGGCUGGCAACCCUUAUGCCGCUAACGAGAUUGUCGAAGACAUUGGGCGACAAACGGUAGCAUGGAUGAACCUGAACGAGAAAUAAGGCAAUAGKGACAAGACGCUCACUCACACAUGUGUACCUACGGGUACAAUUAGCAAGUUAUCACUAUCAUAAUUUACCAAAAACAAAGGAUUACUUCAACA